GGGAGACGCGGGGGACGCGGGGCUGAAUGUUCUGAGGAGUGCGGGAUGGAGGACGCGGUCCUGAAGGAGGAGCCUGAGGAGAGCGCCAUCCUGAGCCCAGAGGAGGCGGGGCUCAGGCCGGGGGCGGAGCCGCAGGAGGGCGAAGACGACGCCCCCUACAGCGGCGACGUGAAGGACGAGGACGACGAGUGCGCCCCCUACAGCCCACACGCCUCAGGACUGUGGCUGCAGACCCGACUCUCGGACCCGGAGCCCGGGACCCCGGUGAGUCCAGGUUUAGCCCCGGGUCCGGACCCGUCCCCGUCCUCAGGCUCCUUCCCCUGCCCCGUGUGUCAGGAGCGGCACCCGUCGCGGCAGGAGCUGACGGAGCACCUGACGGGUCACACGCGCGGGCGCCCGCCGCUCUGCCUGGUGUGCGGGACGCAGAUGCAGAACACGGGCGACGUGCGGCGCCACAUGAUGACGCACAGCGGCGAGAAACCCUUCUCCUGCGACAGGUGCAACAAACGCUUCACCCGCCGCCACGCCCUGCACAACCACCAGAUGAACUGUCGCCACGACAACCGCCUCACAGGCCCCGCCCCCGACCAGCAGGGCACCUUCUGCUGCUGCGUCUGCGGCCUCAGCUUCCCCACGAGGGCGGUCCUGACGGCGCACAUGGUGGUGCACGUGGGCGGGGACCCCCCUCGGUGUCAGGUGUGCACCCGGAAGGUUCGACCUCAGAUCAGCGCCGUCCUGCGUCACAUGAUGCUCCACAGCGGCGAGAAACCCUUCACCUGCCACACCUGCCACAAGGGCUUCAGCCGCAAGAGCGCCCUGCAGCAGCACCUGCAGGUGUGCGAGGAGGCCAAGGCGCCGCAGGACGCCGUCCCCGAGUUGGACGAGUCUUUCGGGUGUUCGGUUUGCGGUCACAGGGCCGACUCCGCCUCCCUGCUCACCGAUCACAUGACCAAUCACGUGGUGAUCAGCGACUGGGGCGGCACCUGCCUCGUCUGCCACAAAACCAUCCAGAAAUCCAAGAACGACGUGCGACGCCACAUGAUGAUCCACUCCGGAGAGAAACCUUUCAGCUGCUCCGGCUGCGGCAAGAGCUUCAACCGCAACUCCACCCUGCAGGUCCACAUGAACAUCUGCAGCAUCGCGGUGCCGGUGCAGAGGGACUGUGUGGAGCGAGAGCCAGAGGAGGAGGACGAGGAGGAGGGGACCUUCGGCUGUUCUCUCUGUGACAAACACUUCUUCAGGAAAGGUCUCCUGACGGAUCACCUGACGACGCACCUGAGCUCUCCGCCCGGCACCUGCCUCGUGUGUCUGCGCAACAUCGGCACCAAACGCAACGACGUGCGACGCCACAUGAUGAUCCACUCCGGAGAGAAACCUUUCAGCUGUUCGGCCUGCGGCAUGAAAUUCAACCGCAAGUUCACACUGCGGCACCACACAAAACUCUGCACACAGGGCGUCCAGCGGGAGGCGCAGGGUGAGGAGGUGCAGCCGCCUGAAGGGGGAGCUGUGCAGCAGAGGGAGGAGCAGAGGGAGGAGCAGAGGGAGGAGCAGAGGGAGGAGCAGAGGGAACAGCUGCAGGAGCAGGAGGAGGAAGCUCGCUGCAGGUUCUGUAAUCAGACGUUCUACGAGCCGUCGCAGCUGACGGAGCACAUGGCGACGCACACGGACGAGGCGACGGGGGCGUGUCUGAUCUGCGGACGGGCGCUCGGACGAACUGUCGCCGAAGUCCGACAGCACAUGAUGGUUCACUCCGGAGAAAAACCCUUCAGCUGCAAAGUGUGUGGAAGGAGAUUUAUCAGGACGCUCGCUCUGAAAACACACAUGAGGACGCACGACAAGAACCGCAACCAGGGGGAUGUGUCGAGGCCCGUGCACACGUGUUCCGUGUGCGGUCAGGCGUUUAAAACCAUGACGGUGUUGAAGUAUCACAUGUUCAUCCAUUCGGGCGUUCGUCCUUUCGGCUGCUCCGUCUGUGGGAAGCGUUUCCGUCAACAGGGCGACGUGAGACGUCACAUGAUGCUCCACUCUGGAGAGAAACCCUUCACCUGCCGCGCCUGUGGGCGGAGCUUCGCCCGCCGCAACGCCCUCAGACUGCACCUGCGCACGCACAUCGCAGGGGGCGUGGUGGACGAGGCGUUGCUGGAGGCGGCGCCCGCCUGCGCAGACGGCGUUCUGUCCCCGGUGAUCGUGUGCGACGGGUGUGGACAGGGCUUCACCCGCUCGCUGCACUUCAACAGACACCUGAGCACCUGCGGGGAACUGCACCUGCGCAGCCACGACGCACCAUUCAGCUGUUCAGUCUGCGCAGAGGCUUUUACUGACAAACAAGAUCUGAUACAACACGUCCUCACACACAAGGACGGCGAGUACGUGAGUUGUGUGAUCUGUAACAAGAGCCUGCGUCGCUCGGACCUGAAGCAGCACCUGUCGCUUCACGCGGGGGAGAAACGUCACCGAUGUCCCGAGUGCGGAAAAGGCUUCAGCCGAAACACGCACCUGCGCGGGCACCUGCGCACGCACGCCAAGCACCUGCCGCCGGGCGCCGCCCCGCCGGGCCCGCCCCCCCCGCACCCCCCGCCCCGCAGGAGCAGCCUCAGGACCUGAGCCUGUCGUCCGCGGGCCGCGCCGCGCCCGUCGCCGCGCCCGUCGCCGCCCGUCAGGAGUCGGGGGCGGAGUCGUUCGCCUGUCACAUCUGCGGGAAGUCGUACUCGAAGAAGUCGAGUCUGGUGAGUCACGUGG